GCGUGGGCGUGACGUCAUCCUGCGCGCCGCGGGGAGAGGAUUCCAGGAGCGCGUCGUUCGCCAUGGCAACGUGGGCACAACAGGCCUGGCGGGCGAAGGCGCCUGAGGCUCUCUCCAUCCGGCGCCAUGAUCCCUCCGGCGGACUCUCUGCUCCGCUACGAGACGCCGGUCCUGGUCAGCCGCAACACCGAGAAGCGCUCGCCAAAGGCCCGGCCUUUGAAGGGCGCCGCUCCGCUCCCGGGGCCCCCGACCCCCUCCGCGCCGCCGCCGCAGCCUCCGCCGAUCCCUCCUCCUUCUCCGGGAAAAGGAAAGGCCCCCUCCGCCGCCCUCGCAGCCGCCGCCGCCGAGACCGGGAAGCAGACCGAGGAGGUGCUCAACGCCAUCCUUCCGCCCCGGGAAUGGACGGAAGAGAACCAGCUAUGGAUCCAGGCAGUGUCCAGCGUGCCCAGCACCCGCAUGGACGUCGUCCACCUCCAGGAGCAGCUGGACCUCAAGCUCCAGCAGCGCCAGGCCAGGGAGACCGGCAUCUGCCCCGUCCGCAGGGAGCUCUACUCUCAGUGCUUCGAUGAGCUGAUCCGCCAGGUGACCAUCAACUGCGCAGAGCGGGGGCUGCUGCUGCUGCGCGUGAGGGACGAGAUCCGGAUGACCAUUGCCGCCUACCAGACGCUCUACGAGAGCAGCGUGGCCUUCGGCAUGCGCAAGGCCCUCCAGGCAGAGCAGGGAAAGGCCGACAUGGAGAAGAGGAUCGCAGACCUGGAGGACGAGAAGCGCGACCUGGAGAGGCAGGUCAAUGAGCAGAAGGCCAAGUGCGAGGCCAUCGAGAAGCGAGAGCUGGAGAGGCGGCAGGUGGAGGAGAAGAAGCACACGGAGGAGGUCCAGUUCUUGAAACGGACCAACCAGCAGCUCAAGGCGCAACUGGAAGGCAUCAUUGCCCCAAAGAAGUAGGCCUUCUGAUGACCGAGUGCAGGAAUUAUCCGUGGCCAGAAAACAAGCAGUUCUUCCCAGGGUUCCUCGCCCCCUUUUCCAAAGAGAACCCCUUUUGCCUGGAGCAACUAAGAUUCAAACAACAAUCAAACCCUAUCCCCACUCUGUGCCUUUGGAAAUUCCUCUCAGUUGGAUUGGGAUUUGCCUCAGCGUUUCACGCUUGCUGGGAUUUUUCUAAAGAUGACUUUUUAUACAGUAGCCUUGUACCUUCCCAGGACAACAUUCACAUAGCUGUGUUCUAUGCAGUAGCAUGUCAGUCCUGGGCCAGUCUCAGCCUGAGCAGGGCAAAAGGCUGUGAAAAGCCACAUUAAAGUUCACUCACAACUUUGA